GGUAGCACGUUCGGCUGCAUUGGGGCCUGAUUCUGAGGGGGGGAAGGCCUGGGCCCGAGCCCCGAGCUUAAGUUAGAAGUUGCGGCCGUCUGGGAGUGAGAGCCUCCCCCCCCCUCGCCCCGCCCAGCCCACCGCCCCGGAACUCCUGCUGGGUCUGAACCUCCACCUCCACCUUCCUUCACCCCAUACCCGUCUCGGUGGGUUCCUGGGCAGGGUGGGUCUGGGGCUGGGCUGGGCAGGGCUGAGUUGAAGCCGAGGCCUGCGCUUGUCUCUAGGACGUCAGUGGGCCCAGUGUGUGUGUGUGGCAGAUGAGGUGAAGAGACCAAGACCCUGGCCGGCCCAGCCUUGGAGCCUGAGCCCCCCUCCCCGUACCUGCCCUCUCACUCCUUCCCCACCAUCCCCAAACACAGUGGGAGGCGAUGUGGGCGCCGAUGUCCGAGGCCACCUGGGAAGCUGCUGCACUGGACACUUCCCCCGCCGUACCCUGAGGAGUGCAGUCUGCAGUCACAAUGCCAGAAAUGACAGAGAAUCAACUACUGCUGCGCAGAACUCACAGGAAGAAAAAUAGAGAAACUCACAAUGCAGUCGAAAGACAUCGAAAGAAGAAGAUUAACUCUGGAAUAAACAAAAUUGGAGAACUUAUUCCAUGCUCUCCUGCUUUGAAACAGAGUAAAAAUAUGAUACUAGAUCAAGCAUACAAAUACAUUUCAGAGCUGAAGAGGCAGAAUGAUGAAAUUCUUCUGAAUGGAGGAACCAAAGAACAAGCUGAAGAAAUUGUCAGACUACGUAAACAGCUGGAUGAUCUACAGAAGGAAAAUGACCGUUUUGUGGAACUACUGAAGGCUAAUGACAUCUGCUUGCAUGAUGACCCUACGAUUCACUGGAAGAGGAAAUUCAAGGGCACUAAAACUACUAUGAUGAUUUCUCCCAACCAAGUGCAGGAGGACAUACUCAUCUACACAAACGGAAACCAACUGAAUGGGAAUUGCCACCAAGCUACAGUACAGAGUUCACCGGAGCUAACUCUGAAUACCCUGAAAAACACUACUCAAGAAGCAUGUCUUGAUAUAAUGAUGCCAAUGGCAAUACCUGACAUCGGCCAAGUGGCAAAUGGGAUCCAGCCUCAGACAAGGAUCUCUCAGCGGAACAUCCCCGAAUGCCUCCCUACAACUCAGAAUUCUCUGAACGCUGCACUGUGCACCACCACCAUGGGCACAGUCCAGAGUGUGCUGAAUGUCUCUACUAACAGAUCUGGGCCAGUGCUUCUUCAGUGCCCCAUAAGCACCUCUGCACAACUUGUGCUGGAGUGUUCACAAACCACAUUUGGGCAGACCACCUCAGAGGUUCCCAGCGGAUGCCCUGUCCUGAACAUUGCUGGAACUUCUGCCAACACCUGUCCUGCUUUACCUUUGCCCUUACAGCAGAUGGGGUCAAUGUGCAUGGGCGUGGAGUCGCCUCAGCAAACUGUUCUGGGGUCCACGUCAUCCUGCAGCCAGAGUUCCGAGUUUGGGUCAACGAAGUGGCCGGUUAGUGAGUGCCCACAGGGCGUGAUGGUGCCAAACGUUUGUCAGAAUUCACCUGUGUCGGCCCGUGGUUUGCUGCCACCUUUCAAAGCUGGGACAAUGUGUCAGGGUGGUCUGGUGUCGUCCUGUCCCAUCACCAGCUUGUGGACGGUGUCCUGCCCAGCUUCCACCUACGCCUGCGCUGCCGACACGAAUAGCCUGGGUGCUUUCACGUGCAUGACCUUCGCAGGUAACACACGGACAACUUGGACCACACUGCAACUGGCAGGCAACACAGUACAGCCUGUCAGCCAAGUGAACUGCAGCGCUUUGCCAACCACGUCAAAUGAAAAUGUGAAUGCCAGAAGCUCCUUCCCUGCUCCCGUUGCCGGGCACGUAGGAGCAGUGUGCUCCGCCCCCUCCACACUCCAUGGGGUGCCCGUCUGUUCUGCCCACAGUCAGCUGCCGGUGAGCUUCCAGAACCCGGUGCAACCUCUCCCACUGCAGCCAGUUCUGGCCCAGCCCCAUGCCCCCGCCCCAACUGCCGCCAAGGUGGUGUCGCUGCUGCCUCCCUUGCAGGUGAUUCAGAUGGCUCACCCCCCAGGGGCCACCGACCCAUCCUCCCCAAACAGCCAGAAGCUGAUUAUCCUGCAGCCGGCCAAUGCCAGCUCGCCGGCCAUGGUGAGGGGGGCCCUUCACAACCAGAGACAGGGUCAGCAGAUCGUCAUCAUACAGGCAGCCGGACAGAACCCGGUCUCAGUGGUCCCACCUCCGGGCCACAGCAGGGCAGCCCCCUCCCUCGACACCGGCCAGGUGGGGUGUAGCAGUGGCAGUCAGAGCACAGCCAGCAUUCAGACGGUCGGUGGGAAGCACCUGGUCCACAUCUUGCCCCGGCCCGUGUCCGCGUCUGUGUCUGCCCCCAGCAGCUCGCAGUCAGUGGCAGCCUCCGCUCCCAGCACCCCGCAGAAGACGAUUUCUGUCAACGGGCAGCUCUUUGCCCUGCAGCCGGUGAGGCAAGCUGGGGGCUCCAGCCACACCACCAUGCACGUCAUUCAGCCCACCACCAGUGCUGACCCCCACACCAACGUGGCCCUCAAUGCUUUCGGUGCACUGACCAGCCUCAGCCAGAGUGUGUCCCAGAUGGCAGGCAGCAGGGCGAUGCCCACAGCCCAGUCCACCGCUUCCACUGGCUCCAGCGGGCAGAUUCCCUGUGCCCCCGUCAUCACCGUCAGCAGCUCAAACCCCAGCAGCUUGCCCGCUCCCGCUCCCACUCCCAGCAGACCCAGCCACGGGGCUCUCCAGCCCUCUAAGUCCAAGAAGACACCGAAGAAGCUCCUGCCUGCAAAGCAGGGGCUCCCCAGGAAGGGCUGCGCCUCCGGGCACAAGCCACGGGACUGUGCCCCCUCUCGGCAGCCCAGUCCCUCCGAGCGAGUAUCCCCAGCUGAGUGCUCCGCCGCACCUCCACCCUCCUUCACGCACCACAUCCCGGCCGGGGCGGCUGCCAUUUCCGCCUCGCCGGAACCAGCACCUAUCAGGCCCCCGGCGCCGAGCGCCACCGAGGAUGCAGCCGAGGGGCCAUCAGAGAGCAGCACACUGUUGGCAGCCCCCUCGACUCCGACCUGCCUGGCUACAGAUGGUGUGUGUGCUGUCACGAAUACUGCUCCAUCCCCACCCCAGUGCCCCACCUCGCCCCUACCAGGGACAGGAGAGGUGGCAGCUAGGGAAUUCCAGGUGGCCACGGCCGCUCCUUGUGGCAUCAGCAGUGUUUCCCAGCAGCUGGAGUCGCUGGCAGCGGCGCAGUGCCAGGGGUGCGGAGACGUGGCCCGGGGCGCGGAGCAGGGUGGCAUGAGCAGUCCUCCAUCUCCUUGCAGACAGCCCCGGGAGGCUGGGCCAUCCGGAGACCAGCUUCCGCUGUGCACCCCGGAACACGAGAGUGCAGGAGCCCCAGCUGGAACCCAGCGCCACACUGACUCGCCCAUGUCCAGCAGCUCGGGCAGUGGCCGAGGCUUUUCCGUCGCCUCCCUGCUGCCUGACAGUGCGCGGGAGGACUGCACCUUCAACGCCUACAGCCUGCCAGACCACAGUGACAUUGUGGCCCUUGCAGCUCGGGCCAUAUUCGAGCAGGAGAGCCCAGAGAAAGGCGCGGCAGCAGAGGAUGCGGUGCCGAAGCCAGAGAAGCAGAAGCCCCCGAGUGCGGACAAAGACAAAGCCCGGGAUUCGAGCCUCCAGCCGGAGCAUGACAUCGGAGUGGAAGGGAGAGUGCAGAAAUCUGUGCUUCCAGCCCAGGGCCAAACUGGAGUGACCACCCACACCUCAUCUGCCCAAGAAACGCCAAGCCUGGCGUGUCCAGCCCUGCCUCCUUCCAACCCUGGAGUGCGAAGCCAGGGCCACAGCUGCACACCGCUGGCAGGCGAGCCGGCCAAUGCCCCCGCCACCUACCCGGAGCAGGUUGAUCACGCGGCAGAGUACCCCGCCAGACCCCCACCGCAGCCUCCUGUUGGCCCGAAGCAGAGCACCGAGGUGCGCAAAGAUGCAAUCAAGCGCAACGGACCAGCAGAUCACUUGAUCUCCACGGCCAAACGUCAGAAGCAGUGUCCGAGUGGUGCGGUCCGUCCAGAUGGGAAGCCGGGGCCAAGUGCAUUGGUGGAAUCCUCGUGUGAGCGGGAGCAGCCAUUUCUGGUUCAGCUGCCGGUCAGCUCCUCCAGUGCGCCACACGGCCACAACCUGGGAACCUUGUUCCCCACUGCCAACUUGCUGGGCUCCGGCUCAGUACCCAUGCCAAGGAGCACCGAGGGUCACUGUGGUGGGAUGCCAGCUGGGCAGUUGGCACAGCAGCACGGGCUGGUGCAGGCCAAUGGGUCGGCGCAGGGCGGGGUGCCGCUGGCCCACGGACAUUCCUACUAUAAACACCCGCAAGGCCAGCUCCGCGAGCGGCACCUGUACCAGUUACAACAGCAGCAGCACCUUCCACACGCCGAGAGCCCGGCGCAUGGCGUGCCUCAGGGCAGCCAACUGCAAAAGAAGCGUGGGCUGGUGAGGACAGGCCAGACGCUUGCCCUGCCUCAGAAGCAGCAAGGGGGAGGCAGUGGGCACAGCCGCCACAAGGGCACCCCGCAGCCGCAGCCGCAGCCGCCACUACUGCUCCAGCACUGCUUUGGCGGCGCACACCCAGAGAAGCGGUGCGAGAAUUCAGUGGGCAACAGAAACCCGCAUCCGCAAAGCCUGCAUGGCCCGGACCUCCUCCCGCACCAGGACGGCAGCCGCUGUGGUCCCUCCGCCGAGCAGGCGGCCGGACAUUCCCGCAUCCAGAGGCUGCUCACCUCCAGGUCGCUGGAGCAGCAGCUGGCGCCCAAAGGCAGUCCAGCGUCGCGGCCGCCCGAACUUCAGUGCCCACCUCACCGCCCGGAGCGGAACCGCAUUUCCAGCUACUCAGCCGAGGCCCUGAUUGGGAAGCCAUCCAGCACCAUGCAGAGUCCCAGGAGCAGUGCGGAGCAGCCCGAGCUGCGUACGUACCUGGACCUGUCCAUGAACAAGAGCCUGCCCGUGCAUGGGCUCCAGUCCAAGCUCUCCCUUGACCACUGCAUGGCUACUGAUGUGGCUGAUUGUCCCCCCUUCAAGGCCGGCGUAUCUGCCCAGUCAGUCAGCACCUUCGAGGCACAGUCGUCCCGGGGCAGCGAGAUGGGUGGUGGCAUGGCAGGACACAGGGGGAUCCCGGCGCACAGCUUCAGGCUGGCCCAGGGAGCGGGGGUCGAGCGCCAGGGCCGGCUGCCCUACCUGCCUGUGCAGGGCAUCUCAGCAGCGGGCGGGGCUUCGUUGAGGGACGGGGAGGGCUCCUGCCACCAGAGUUUCAUGCAGGGCUUACUGCCCCCACCCCUGGGUGAACAGCUGGGCGGUGGACAGAGGUCGGGCCCCGAUCAUGCCAGGAGCACUCAGUGCGCGCCGGUCGCCAGCAUCGAGUAUCCUUGCGCGCCACUCCGGGAAGCAGUGCAGAGCCGGGACGGCUGUGAUCUGAGCUUGGGCACACUUGGACCCCGGGGCAUCACAUACCCGAACCCGCCGUCUGUGCCCGAGAUCCAGAGCCGUAACAGUAGCCCAGGUGCGGCGCCGCAGAAAGCGACGCUCGGAGCUGGCAACAAGUGCCACACUAGUCCGCAGGUCUCCAAUCCGCACGGAGGGCUGAGAGCGGCCCUGGGGCACGGAGCCGAGCGGCCUCACUCUCUCCAAGCCAGUUCCACGGUGUCGCAGAGAGCGCGGCACCCAGCGCACGGGAGCUCAGCCGGCAAGCUGCGCCAGAGUGACCGGCCGCGCUCAGGUAACCAUCGGAGUGCUGAGGUGCUGGAGCGUAGCCUCCAGCUGCCCCUGCCCUCAGGCGGAGGCGUAGUGCUUGCGCGGCAGCAGCCCAGCACCAGCCGCAAUGCCAGCAUCGUACGCUUCGUGGCUGACGGUCAGCAGGUUCCGAAUGAGAACUUGGCCCCAGAGCAGCACUCUCUGUCUCAGAGCUUCGGCUUCCCUUUCAUCGCCGAAGGCGGCAUGAACCCGCCUCUCAAUGCCAAUCCACCGUUCAUCCCCCCGGUAACGCAGCCGGGUGCUAACCGGACCCCCACCCUCAUCCCAGUCGAACCGCAGAAUCCGCUGCCUUCAUUCUAUCCUUCCUACUCACCGGCACACCCCACCCUCUCCAACGACCUCUCCAUUCCCUACUUCUCCAACCAAAUCUUCACCAGUCCCAGCACGGAGAAAGCAAGCAACCCAUUUGGUUCCAUCCUCUCCCCGCCCCGGCCAGUUGGCUUUCCACAGCCCAGCUUUCCUCUCCUGCCCGACAUCCCGGCCAGGCCGAUGGCCAACAGCUCCAGCAUCACCCCACACCUGUCCAACUUCAACCUGACCACCCUGUUCCCCGAGAUCGCCACUGCGCCCCUCACCGCCGACACCCCGGCCAUGCCCAUGUCGCCUUUGUUGCCUUUAACCAACCCUGCCCUCUCCGACGUUUCCAAGCAGCACUCCAACAGGUCAGCCCAUAACAUAAGCCACAUCCUAGGCCACGAUGGCAGCUCUGCUGUGUGAAGCCAGCUGCUACACUCUCUGCCCAAUGCCGUGGUCCGAGUGGGCUUGGAUCUCCCUCCACAUCCUGCGAGGGGUGCAAAGGAGUCAGUCCAUUCCAUCAGCAGAUCCUGUCAGGUGUACAGGAUGCUUUUUCUCCAGUUCCCUUUGUGUGAGGGAGGGAGAGAGGUGGUAAGGGUGGGGAUGCCAGGCGAGUGUGGUGGACAAGAGGAGAACUACGGGUGUAUCACAGCCAUCCAGCUGUUCCCAUCACCUCCAGAGUACCAAAGUGUUCCCAAUACUAGUGGCAAGGACAGACCUUUCAACAAACCGUAGAUACAGUAACCUGUAUUUCCACAGCUGCCAAUAGAUACAGAGUUUUACUACAUAAUAGAAGAUUAAUAAAAUGAAUAUAAAUAUACACAGAUGGAAAACAAACCUUCAGAAACCAAUAUCUGUUGGGUUUGAUGUUACCCAUUGCUUUGAGCAUGGAGCCAGGUAGUAGCUUUUUUGCCGAGCAGGUGGGCUCUCUGCUGUCCUUACCCACAGGUCAGUGUACAGGAGCAAGAAGUGAUGUUAACACGUGUGCUCCAUGCUUUCAUUAAUGUCCCGAUUCAUUCCCCAAACUGCCAUACAAUGGGGUAAAUCUCAUCCCCAUCAGAUCUAAUUUUUCCAAGUAAAGUGGAUAAUUUGACACCACUUCUCCGCUUACCCCGUAUAUCUAAAGUACAAGGCGACUAAUUCAGCAUUAGGCAGAGGUGAGAUAAAGGCGUAUUCUGUGUUUUAUUUCAUGGAUGAGGGUCUGAAUUUGCAUGUUGUAUAAAUAUUUAAAUAAAAAUUCUAGUUAAUUUCUAUAUAAAUGUAUUUUAGUUUGCCUUAUUGUAAGGUACUUCAAUAUAUUUGUUUUAAUUGGAAGUAGGUUGGCCUCUCUGCAGGAAUCUGACUGAAAUUUGUCUUGAGCAAUAUUUAAGUUCAAUGGUGCUUGCAGCCACAGUUAUCUGUAAAUGGCAGCUUAUAUCAGCGUGACUCACUGGCACUUUAAAGCAAUACAUUUACUCAGGAGGUCAGGUCACUUGACUCACUCCUCUUGGGCAUUCCUCGUCUUGGAAUUUCUGUGCUAUCUUGUGUGUACCUCAUUCUCUGAAGCAGAACGUGCAAGAAAUGAAUAUGUUUCCCUUCAUCUCCAUCCUCUUGAUUGUUGGCUUAUAGGAAAGGUUUGGUCCUGGUUUGUGUCACUUGACAGGCCAGAGGGCAUGGACGGUGUGGGCAGAGAAUAAAAACAUGCUAUUGCUGCUUCAUGUGCUAGGUUGAGGUUGGGGGUUCAAUCUCAGUUGUUUAUGGGUUGUUUCUAACUUGGGAAUGUUGUGAUAAAAGUUCAGAAAAGGGGCUCUUCAUUAACAAUGUGUGCCAAGAAAUUUGCGUAAAGUUGUAAAUAUUAAAGUGGUCUGUGACAGGUAGCUUUUCACUCAGCUAAGUUUACUGCAAUUGAACAAUAUAAGCAAAUCAGAGAUAAUUAAAGAACAAAUUUAAUAUACAGAUUGAGUUCCCACUGGUAUCAGAUACCUUGUGACUUUUUCUCUCGGACAAAUUUUACUUGCUUCAAUUAGAUCAUUAUAAAAUAGGCCUGCUUAGACAUCUUUUAUAUGGGCUAGUUCCGGUUUUUCUCUUUGUCCAACAUUCUAGUUGCUUUGUAUCGACAUAAACACCUUGUUGGGUAAAGUGGAACACAAGCAACUACAAGGGCAAUUUAAUGAUUUCAUUGUGUUUCACUGGUAACUUGGAAGCACUGUUUAAAAAUACAACAAAAUUACACGCACCUCCUUUAUGGAGCUCAUAAUAGAAUUUAUUAUUCAGAACGCAACUUCUCAAGUAAUAUCAUGACUUUCUCCCUGUUGUUUUUCCAAAAAUAUGCAAUGUUGAGCAUUAAAAGAAAAUCUUAUCUAUACAAAGACUGACAGGCAAAUUCUACUGCAAUAGCUAUUAGGUCUGGUGGUAGUUUGAGCUAAUGUUAAGUUGGCUCCUUGAAUUAUCUUAAACUGAUAAUAAGCAUAGCCAGGAUGUUUUGAAAAUCCAUCCAUAACUGUAAAAUAAAAGUGUUCUAAAAGUUGCAAAAUCAGAUAUUUAAAGGUAAUGGAUUUACUGGUAAACAAAUUCUGAAUAAACUGCCCUCAUCCCUUAUCACCUUGUGCACUGAUGUAGUUUCCUUGUGCCUGUGCAUCCUUCCAUUGAUGCUAUUUCCUCGCUCCUCAUCAAAUGUCAACUCCCACAACUCACUCUAGCUCCCAGCCUCUUGACCUGAGCUUUGUCUUGUAGGAAUAACUUUGCUAACAAAAGUGGAGCAGGAUUGGACAUAGAAUCACGUUCCCAGAAACUGCAUACUCCAAGUUGCAUCUCUUGGAAUUUGGGUUGUCCAUGGAACAUAGAGAAUUUGCACUGAUACAAAGGAGUUUAGGGUGAAUCAGUAACUGGCUUUGCAGGCUGGCCAAUCUUCAUUUCCAUGGAGGUCACAAGGGAAGAAAACUGUAGAAUGGUUGUUACUGUGUGAGAAGCCCAUUUCACACCUACUGCACAAGAACAGACCGCUUAGCCCAUCAUGACUGUGCCAACAUUUUGUAAGAACUCUCGAAUUAGAUUCCAUCUAUUUCCUCAUGGUGAAUAAGAGAAAAGAACUGCACAUUCCAACCAACCCCUCACUACUUCCCACUGAAUGUUAAAUCUGUAUCUUCUGAUUGUUAAUUCCCACAGUAAAAACAGUUUCUUCCCAUCUCCUGACAAAAGUUCUUAUACAUUUGAUGACUUCAAAUCUGUAACUCCUCUUUAGAGAAUUUUGAAAUUUUGACUUUCUAAGGGCUGAUUGUUGCUGCUGAGGACGGUUUUGUGAGUGUGAAUAACUGCACUUCUAUAAUUGAACUAUAUCCCCCAGAUUGGUUUUGUUCCUUAUAAAGAUUUAAAUUCUCAUUUUAAUUCCAACUUUGGCAUUGCUUCACCACCUUCAAGCUGGCUUUGCAUAGUCUUGGUCCUUUGCCUGUGACCUUUUGUCCUAUGUCUCUAUUUUGUCAUUUUACCAUUAGUGCAUUUUUAGUGGCCUUGUUUCUAAUGUAUCCUCCUAGACAUCUCCCUUUUCUCCCUAAGGGCCAUCUGUUUGCUAGACUGUUCUUCACUUCUUCAAAUACUAUUUCCAGCACUACCUCUCCAAACCCAACACCCCUUGGAAGUUUUUCGUUUAAUUAUAUGCAGAUAUUAUAGUCAGAAUGCAUCCAAUAAUUUACUCACUGCUAUUGGGCAGUUUUCAGCAACAAUAAAUUACAUUAGAUGAAUUGUUGCAAAUGGAAACAAAAUAAAGGGCAUAACUAAACUGCAAUUUUAAACCUUUCUUCUAUAUGCAGAAUUUUAAUGCUAACACAUCAGCCAGUUUCAUAGUACAUUCUGCUAUAUAGGAUUCAAUUUACAUAGGAAACAAAGAAUGGGGGAAUCAGUAACCAGAGUAACUUCUCCCAAUAAAAGUCAGGAAUUUCUCUUGAAUAAUAAAGGGAGUAGGAAAUGCUUACAUGUAAAUCUUAUCUAUAAAAAUCAUUAAACAAAACGGUUAACAGUGGAAUGACUUAAUUGUUUCCAUUCUGAAUGACCAUAUCAUUUUCACUACAUACAGCCUUGUCCAAUUAAACCUAUAUCCUGGGGUUUUUAAUAUUAAAACUAGUCCAAAUUCCAAUGCAUCCACCUGAUUUGUACCCAAGGCCCCUGGCUUUGAGGGAAUAAUGCAGCUACCCAGAUGUCAUCAAAUAUUAUUCUGUGGAAACUGCCUUGGAUUCUUUUUGUAUGAUUAUUAUCAUAGAGAUCUUAGUGCUGGGGAAUGAAACAUUUUCUACUGUAUUACCAGUAUCAAGACCUUUCUAGGUCAGGUACACCACUGUGACGGUACCUCUAUUCCACAAUGUACUCUAUAACCUACUAAGCUGAUUCUAUUCUUGAUUUUCACACCUACCCCCAGCCCUUAGUUGACCCGUUUGAGUGUCAUGAUCAAAUGAAAACAGCUUUACUCCUAUUAAUCACAUCUCGCUUCACGACCCAGAAUCAAAAAGACACAUUAAUCUGUCAUCUGACCGCUCUGUGGUUACUUUUCAGUAGGGAUCCUGGGCAGUAUCCUCCUAGUUCUAAAUAGCAUUACCAGCCUGUGGGUUACAGGCAGGGGCUUAGUCUAAAUAAAAUCGUUUUCUUGUGAAAACUGAUAUGCAUGAAUGAUUCCAUGACACUCAUAGUAUGCUAUUGCUGAACAAAACUGCAUUGGACUUGGAUUAGCCACAUCAUUUAGAUCUUAUGUAUCAUCAUUUCAGAUUCAGAAUUAGGUUUAAUAUCACUGGCGUAUGUGGAAUUUAUUAUUUUGCAACAGUAGUACCUUGCAAUAAAUACUAAUAAAACUAUAAAUUACAAUAGGAUAUAUAUUUAAUCAAGUAGUGCAAAAAGAAAGGGAAAAUAGUGAGGUAGUGUUCAUGAAAUCAUUGUGGAAGGGAAGAAGCUGUUCCUGAAACGUUGAAUGUGUGUGUUUAGGCUUCUGUAGUUCCUCCUUGAUGGUAGCAAUGAGAAGAGGGGAGGUCCUGGGUGAUGGGGUGCUUACUGAUGGAUGCCAUCUUUUUGAAGGUGUCCUGGAUGGUGGGGAGGAUAGUAUCCAUGGAGAUGGAGCUGGCGUGAGUUUACAACCCCCCGCAGCUUUUUCCAAUCCUGUGCAAUGGCCUCUCCAUACCAGAUGGUGGUGCAAUCAGAGUGCUCUUCAUGGUCCAUCUGUCGAAAUAUGUGUCUUUGGUGACCUACUGUACCAAGUCUCCUCAAACUCCAAAUGAAAUACAGCCACUGCAUUGCCUUUGUAAUUGCACCAAUUUGUUGGGUCCAGCAUAGAUCUUCAGAGAUGUUGACACCAGGGAACUUGGAACUGCUGAUCCCUCGAUGAGGACUGGUGUAUGUUCCCUUGACUUCCCCUUCCUGAAUUCCACAAUCAAUCUCUUGGUCUUACUGACAUUGAGCGCAAGGUUGUUGUUGAACACCACUCAACCAGCUGAUCUAUCUCGCUCUGUAUGUGCCUCAUCACGAUCUGAAACUCUGCCAACAAUAGCUGUGUGGUCAGCAGAUUUAUAGAUCACGUUUGCACUGUGUCUAGCUACAUAGCCAUGGGUGUAGAGAGAGCAGAGCAGUGGGCUAUGCACAUCCUUGGGGUGCACCAUUGUUGAUUGUUAGCAAGGAGGAGAUACUAUUUCAGAUCUGUACAGAUUCUGGUCUCCUGGUGAAGAAAUCAAGGAUCCAGUAGCAGAGAGAGAUACAGAGGACCAAGUUUUGGAACAUUGAUUAGAACUGAGGGUAUGAUUGUGUUGGAAAGAGAACAGCUUGAUGUAGGUAUUGCCAUUGUCCAGAUGAUCCAAGUCCAAGUGGAGAGCCAGUGAGAUGGCAUCCCUGUAUAGGCAAAUUACAGUGGAUCCCGCUCCUUGCUUAGGCAAGAGUUUAUUCUAGCUAUAACCAACCUCUCAAAGCAUUUUGUCACACAUUAGAUGAGUGGGCAAUAGUUGAGGCAACUCUACCCUUUACAUGUUACAUUUAUCAGCUAGUACCACUUUUUGUGAAUAGAUGUGACCACUUAAGCAGUAUCCACAAUAUAAAAUGUUUAGUAUCUGUGAGCAACGCUCGACACUAUUUAAUGCAUUGCUGGUUGUGAAGAUGCAACUUUGAAAAUUACAAAACCAUCUAAUCUGAGGUAAAGUCAAAACCAGCUACUUGCUGUUUCCCGUGAAGGAUCUUUGACACUGAACGGUGUAAACAUAGAAAGCCUCUGCAGAAGUGAUGCAGAGUUAGAGUGGACUCACAUUCAUUAAUAGUAAACUAGACCUGACCCUACAUAUACGGGUUAGAAGAGUUCAUUGAGUCUGGCUAGUGUGACUUAAACACUGAAGUAGUCGUCUCCUUCAAUGCUCAAAGUUCCUUGAAACAUCUUUUCCUUUUCAAAAAAAAAAGUAGUGAUAUUCCAAAGUAACUUGCUCAUGUUAGCAACUGAAGAGUGACAGAUUACUCCCUUAUUACCUACACUAACAUGAUAGAAACAAACUGGUUGAAAGUGAUGGUGUAACUACGGAAAAUAACUCAUCAUCAAAGAUUUGUAGUAGAUUUAAGGUAUGCAGCACUCGCAAAGUAAAGCUACAAAAUGGCUUAAACAUUCAAAAGUAUAUUUUUAGCAGAUGUUUUUAUGACAUUUGAUUUUUAAAAAUUGUAAUAAUAGUGUUCAGGCAAAAGAAGGCUUUGAUAAAGCCUGUUGUUAAAGAGCUUUUGACCGCAAUCUUCACCAAACAGAUGCUGCUAGCAUCUGCAGUUUUUUAAAAAAACUUUUUAAAGUUAGUCAAUUUGCUAAUGUUUAAAAACCCUUCAUUCAGAUAGCUGAGUUCAAAGAGAAGUCAUCUAAAAUUUCAAGGCGUUGAAAGUUGUGUGGGGCUAGUGGGGGGGGAUUUUUUUUUGUAAGUUGGACUUUAUUGACACCUGCACAAUUAUACAGUGACACUUUAGGGGAGUGGAUGGUGUACAUAAUGCCUUUGUUAUAUAUUUGUUCUUUAGCGUCUUUAGCACUGAAGAACUUGCAAUGUAUAACAGUCACCACUCUAACCUCCAUGUCGAUCAGCUUGUGAAUAUAUUUAAAUAUUUCUAAAACAGGUAACAUACUUGAUUCUGUAUGUAUUCAAUUAUGUUAAUUUUAUUGGGAAAUUUUCUAUUUUAUUGUAAAUACUUGUGAAUAAAAAUUUGAAUUUGGUUAUAACUGGAAUUAAUAUUGUUGCACUGUCCAGACAUUUGAUUGAAUAUCUGUAGUUUGAAACAGGA